AUGGUUUGGUACCGUCUAUUCGGCCGUCUGCCGAAACAGCUUCACGUUUCUCCUCCGCUAUGCGGGACAUCGCACAUAUCGCAUCGCCAUUUUGCUAAAAUAUCAGAUGCCAAGGCCCUGGAAAUGAUGGACGGGCAUGGUGUAAUGGGCUCUUACGCGAAGGCCCUGUACCUCGCAGCCAAGGAUGCUAGUUGCGUUGACAGCGUGAUGGGUGACUUAAGCAAUCUGCACGAUGCAAUGAGCACCUGCGACGAGUUCGCUGUAUUCAUCAGCAACCCUUGUUUACGUUCUACCACCAAGGUUGCAUUUCUUCGUGACGACCUGAAGACGCUAGGUUUGCCGGCGAUGCAGAAAGAGACUUUGAACUGUCUGGAGGCGCUUUUCACGCAACGCCGCUCUGGUGAUUUUCCCGAGUUGGUAAAGUUGUUCGAGACCCUCUACAUGGCCACUAAAGGCCAAGUGAAGUGCUAUGCGCAUUCCGCGUUUGAGUUAAGCCCCAGACACAAGAGCGCUCUUGAGAACGCGCUGAAGAAGCGUCUCGGCGGUUCAUCGCAGCCAUCUGUCAUGUACAAGGUCAGUCCCAGUUUGAUGGGCGGUUUGGUAGUGCGUAUCGGUGAUCAGGUGAUAGACGCUUCCGUUAGCACGAAGCUUGAUCGUAUGCAUUCGAGGCUAUCAUCUAGUCCGUAA